AUUCAUCUCCAUAAACACACACAAACACACACUCACUAACACACUUGAAUAGCAUUUCCUCUAUCAAAAUUUCCAAAUCAUGGCUAGUUCAAUGCUUUUGAAGGUUACUUGUUUGGCUAUGAUAUGCUUGGUUUUGGGCAUUCCAUUAGCCAAUGCUGCCCCUUCAUGUCCUGCAGUGGCACAAACUUUAACACCAUGCCUUCCGCACGUAUCAAACCCAGGUCCAUCUCCCCCUCAACCAUGUUGCAAUAGGGUUAAGACUUUAAAUAGCCAAGCCAAAACUACGCAAGAUCGUCAUCAUGUUUGCGGUUGCCUCAAAUCUCUUAUGGCCGGCAUACCUGGACUCAAUCUUCCAGCCUUUGCUUCCGUCGCUAAAGACUGCGGUGUUGACAUAGGCUAUAUUAUUAGUCCUAACACGGACUGUAGCAAGAUAAACUAGCAGGGCUUGCACUUGAUGAAUGAAUAAGUAUUUAGUUUGUGGUGAUAACCAAAACAGAAUAAAGGAGAUGAUUUAAUUUCUCCGACUGUAACCAAAUCCAUCUAUCUACUAUGUAUUUCGAUAAUAUUAAAAUUAAAAUA